AUGAAACGCUAUAACACAGCCGGUCAAAGGGUGCAACAAGUUCACAGUAAACAUAUAAGUUUCAAAUUGCUGAUUGGUUUUGGUCCAUACCCCAAUUGUAUUGUGGACAAUAUGGGAGCACCCGAGGUGGAUGUGGACGCACUUAUUUCUUGCCAAUCGUGUCCCGGUCUGGAACCAUUUUUACGAACUUUGUGUGAAUCACAAACUGUUCGCCUGUUUCUAGAUAAUCGCGCUCGUCAGUCACCAGACCCGAAUAUCGAUUUGUUUGAAGCUGUGGCCGCGACUUUACGAGCCAGUGCAAAACCUCAACGGUCCAACAAAUCAACCAGCGAGAACGCUCGCUUUCGAAAUACCGCUGUCCCCAUUGCGGCCACGGUAAACGGGUCAUCACAUUCCGCACCGUACUUCAGGCAGCCGCCUCCGCGUCCGAGAUCAGUUGCACAAUAUCUUUUGGUUAAUUUCGGCAGUGUACAGUGGCUUCGUUCGAAGAAGGUUAAACACCCUGGUGAACCGUACAGCUGGGACGGUUUAUCCGGUCACACAAAACAUAUCUCUGGCAGCAAGAAUUCGUUGACUUCGUAUAAUUGGACACAACGAACGUUGUCGGAUUCCUCGUUCAUAGAAGAAUAUUUGACACCGGAAAAUCGCUCACCGGCCAGUUUGAGCAGUGAACCGUUCCGUGCAAGUUACCGAACACGAGAUCGCGCGGACACACUAAUCCCUCCUCGUGCACCAGCACGACCGAAUCCACCAGCUAUAUCGCCUCAAAUCACACCAACCACGUCCAUUGGUCGAGGAAGUGUGCGUGCUAAUCUCGCGCGACCUCCACGUACAGCCCCUGUCGAUACGGUCGCACUGGUGACAGCAGCCAGCGCGGACUCUUCAGCAACGACAAGUGAAUGGUUCACCGAAUCCUGCCAGAAAACGCCACAUCAAACAAUGCCCGAACCCGUUUUUAAUCGCACUUUGUCUGUCCCAGAAAGUGCUGCCGCCUCUCGAAGACACACUCCUCCGCCGAGACCACCUCCGCCUCGGAUUCCUCUUGGUAACAACAUUCCACCAGAAGACCAACGAACCGAAUUCAUUCAUUCAACAAAAACAACAAUUGCGGACUCGUUAGAAACACAGUGUCACGUGAAUGGAAUUCCAAAUGAGGCCAAUCGUGGGCUACAAAAGGAGAACAGUGUAACUGUGUCACUCCCAGUACACCCACAUUCUACGGCUCUUCCACCAAGAUCCAAACAUUGGUCUCAAUUAUCUGUAAGUGUUCCUGUUCCUCCCUAUCGGUCAGCCUUUUUCUUAUUCGGUCGCACUGUGAACAAACGUUAA